AUGUUGCAGUACAUUGCGCCGGGCAAUAUUGACGCGACCGAGAAAACUGAGGAUAACUGGUUCAACCUCAGCUUCGCACUUGCCCUGUGUGAUCACUGGGCCGGGCUCCAAGAUCUCAGGGAGCACAAAGAUGCGGACGUCUUUGACGAUCCGAUAAGUGUAUUGAGCAACUCCGCCGUUGACACUGAUGAUGAUUUGAGUGUCGCCGGUUUCGAGGGAGUUGAAUUUCCAGACGAUUUGCCCAUUGUCAAUUCCAGCAGCUUCGAGUUCGAGGAAACGCUUGUCGAAGUCGAUAUUUAUCAGACCCAUUUUGGGGACCUCUGA